CAAGAUUGUGCAGCGGAUCACAUCUUUGCACACCCAGUUUAGCGACGACAGUGGCUACGAAGGCGAAGUCGUUUCCAUCAACAUGCCCGCGGAGGCUGCCUUACAGCAAUUGGGCAUUCAGGCCGAUGACAGCGAGCUCCAGGACAAAAAGAACUACUUCAAGAGGAUGGCUGUCCGUUGCAAAGAAAAAUUUGACGCUGAUGGCAAGCAAUCGACAGAUGGAUCUCUGUCGUUUUAUUCCGAGGAGGAAGGCUCUGACACGCAGAGCACCAAAAGUUCAAGUCAUCGCUACCACCAUCGUCACCCUCAUCUUCACAUGCGGCAUUACCUUCAGGCACUACAUUGCCAUUUCCACCCUCAGACGUUGGACGAGACACCAUUACAAGAUAGUGAACAGGCGCAAUUCGUCCCCAAGGUCGAUCCCAAGGAGACAAAGGCAGCACAUCGAGCCAUUUAUCAUCACGGACAGGCGAACGUGAACAACAGCGACGAUGACGACGAAGAGGAUAGGAAGCUGUUCGGAUCAUGGUGGGGCUGCCAUUCAAAGCGAUCCCGUACAGAGAAACUGCUGGACAAGCAGCUCGACAAUGAAUGGGAAAAGAUUGAUUUGCCCAAGAGUGCCGAGGAAAAGAGAAAGAGUCUCGGAGAGAGGAACGGCGGACUACCUGGGAAUACGUUCAGCGAUGUGGAUCCCAAAAGACCUUGGUGGAAGCAGGGGACACAGAACGCCGAGAUUGUGGUGGCCCGUGGGCAGAGCGCACACACUCAGGAUCGAAAGGUCGCCGCAAAGAGGCACCAGGCCAUUGCAGCAGCAGCUGUGAAAGAGUACCACGCAAGGAGAGCUCGGCAGGGCAAGAAGGUAUCCCAUGGCGAAAUGAAGGCUAUUCUCGCAGGUAUGGCUAUGGCAGAGGCCGUCAAGCUGCUCGAGUCUCAUUGUGGGGAUGAUAGUGGCGAGGGCAAUGGAGAGAAGGACGAGACGGUCGCAGAAGCAGGAUCGGUCGCCCUCAAGUUGUUUGAACUCAUGCGAUAACAAGGGGCUACAUACCCCACAUAUAUACCCUCACCUACACAGAUAUAUAGCGUAUGCCAGGAAUG